UGUCAGACUCCUCAAACUGCAUCUCAGUUUGCUCCUUUCAGUCCAAGGCGUUCUCUUACUUGUCUGCAUUCAGAGCAAAUGAAGCUCUGCUUUUGCGAUACCAGGGCAGCAAGUGGCUGGAGAAAGCCAUUGUGCAGGCUUUGUCUGUUGCAGGACCAGCAUUGCCUCCAGGCUAUAAAAGCAGCUGUAGCUCAGAAACUCCUGACAGCGACGAUGACUCAGAAUCAGUUCCUUUACCCAGAGGUGCAGACAGAGAUUCUGAAGAAGAGAUAGAAGGAGAUCCAGCACCCAAAAAGCCAAAAAGAAUUCAGGAAGAUGAUGAUGAUGGCUUUUUCGGGCCUGCUCUUCCUCCUGGAUUUAAAAAACAGGAUGAUUCUCCAGAGAGGCCUAUUAUAGGUCCUGCAUUACCUCCCGGCUUUAGAAAACCUCCACAGGACACUGGGAAUAGCAGAUGUUCCAUAGGGCCAUCUGUUUCGUCGGAAUUACAUACCCAGGUAACAGAUAGCAGUGAGGAAGAAGACGAUAUUAUAGGCCCAAUGCCUGCAAAAGGACCAGUGGAGUCUGAUGUGACUAAAGAAUUCGAACGCAGAGCUCAGAGAAUGAAGGAAAAACUUACUUCAGCAGACAGCGAUGAACCCAAACAAAUUACCAGGGAAUCAUGGAUGACAGAGCUUCCACCUGAAUUGAAAAGCUUUGGAUUUGGCCCAAGAACGUUCAAGAGAAGAGCUGAUGACAAAUCAGGCGAUAGAUCUAUUUGGACAGAUACUCCAGCUGACAGAGAGAGAAAAGCCAAGGAAAGAGAAGAGGCAAAAAAGUCGUCCAUUAAGGAUGAUGAAGAAAUCGUGUUAUCUGGGAGAGAUAAGAGACUUGUUGAGCAGGUGACUUCAUACAAUGAGUCAAAGAGGUCAGAAUCCCUGAUGGACAUACAUCAGAAAAAGCUGAAGAGCAAGGCAUCUGAAGAAAAGAACAAACCUCAGGAAAGAAGGCCAUUCGACCGAGACCAGGAUCUCAAAGUCCAUCGGUUUGACGAAGCACAAAAGAAAGCUCUUAUAAGAAAAUCCAGAGAUCUGAAUAGUAAAUUUGAGCACAGUAAAGGCAAUAUGUUUUUAUAACAUAAAAGCAUGAAGCUUUUUUGAAGUCAGUGAAACUUUGAAUACUUAAUUUUUUAAGUAUUUUCCUGUAAAUAUUUGUAUGCAAAAUAAAUAUCCUGAUGUUUAAUUA